AGCGCGGGGUGGGAGGGCUCAGUGCUGCGGAGAGGACUGGCUGGGCUGGGACUGCGGGCACAUACCGAGCACGAGCGGGGGAGGGGGUUUGCCCAGGUGUUCGUAGAGCUGACAGCCCGGUGCUUCGCCAAGAACAAGGAAUUACUAUGUGGAAAAUUUUGAUGGGACCACAUUCUACAUGCUUUGCAGGAUCCCAGUAACCAGGCUUUCCACUGUUAUUCACUACUGAAGCUAUAUAAAAUAAAUUCAACAUUUUGCACUUUGAACUGAACACUGAAUUACAUCAAAAUGUGGCCUAUACUAACCCAACUGGUGAUAUACGUCUUCCUCUGCUGGGCGGAGGAAGGAAAAAGAUAUGGACCUGUCUUUGAAGAACAACCAAUUGACACAAUUUUCCCUGAAGAAUCUAGAGAGGGCAAAGUCUCAGUGAACUGCAGGGCUCGAGCAAACCCUCCUCCUAUUUAUAAGUGGAGAAAGAAUAAUUGGGAGAUUGACUUUCUUAAUGAGCAUUACAGUUUGGUGGGCGGUAAUCUUGUCAUCCACAAUCCAGACAAAUACAAAGAUUCUGCGAGAUAUGUUUGCAUUGUAUCAAAUAUGUAUGGGAAAGUCUGGAGUAGAGAAGCCACUUUGAACUUUGGAUAUCUGGAUCCAUUUCCUACGGAGGAACGAUACGAAGUAAAAGUGAAGGAAGGAACUGGAGCAGUUCUAAUAUGUGAUCCUCCUCCACAUUUCCCUGAUGAUCUUAAUUAUCGCUGGCUUUUAAAUGAAUUUCCUGUGUUCAUCUCAACUGAUAACAGAAGAUUUGUUACACAGACAAACGGAAAUCUGUAUAUUGCAAAAGUUGAGCAGACCGACCGAGGCAAUUACUCAUGUUUUGUCUCCAGUCCUUCUGUUACGAAAAGUGUAUUCAGCAAAUUUAUAUCACUUCUUCCACAAACUGAUACUUCAGAGAAACCUAAACGGUAUACACCUGUUAUUAAUGUCAAAUUUAAAGACACACGGGCCCUGAAAGAUCAAAACGUCACACUAGAGUGUUUUGCUUUGGGAAAUCCUGUUCCUGUAAUCACAUGGAGAAAAAUAAAUGAGGCGAUGCCAGCUUCAGCAGAAAUAAGCAUGUCUGGGGCUGUCCUAAAAAUUUUCAAUAUCCAACCUGAAGAUGAAGGGACAUACGAAUGUGAAGCUAAGAACAUUAAAGGGCUGGACACACACAGAGCAUAUGUAUAUGUAGAAGGUGUGCCAGAAUGGGUAGAACACAUCAAUGAUACAGAAAGAGAUAUAGGCAGUGAUUUGCACUGGUCCUGUGUUGUUAAAGGCAAGCCACAGCCUAGCAUCAGAUGGCUGAAAAACGGAGCGUCGUAUGGAAAGGGUGAACUAAGAAAGAGUGGGCUGACUUUGGACGAUGCCGGAAUCUAUCAGUGCAUAGCAGAAAAUAUGCACGGAAUUAUUUAUGCGAAUGCAGAGUUAAAGAUUCUCGCUUUAGCACCAACAUUUGAAUUUACUCCUAUGAGAAAGAAAGUUUUAGCUGCCAAAGGAGGACGUGUAAUCAUUGAGUGCAAGCCAAAAGCUGCUCCAAAAGCCAAAUUUUCAUGGAGUAAGGGGACGGAGCUGCUAAUAAACAACAGUCGCGUAUCAAUCUGGGAUGAUGGUAGCCUGGAAAUCCUGAACAUUACAAAACUCGAUGAAGGCAGCUAUACUUGUUAUGCAGAAAAUGACAGAGGAAAAGCAAAUGGCACUGCCGUACUUUCUGUCACGGCUGCCACAAAGAUAACCCUUGCACCUUCAAAUGCUGAUGUGACUGUAGGUGAAAAUGCAACCAUGCAGUGCAAUGCAUCUCACGAUCCCACAUUGGACCUUUCAUAUAUCUGGUCUUUAAAUGGCUUUCCAAUUGAAUUUGACAUGGAAGACAGACAUUAUGAACGGGCUAUACGGCUGCCUUUGCAGAAUGAUGUGGGCAGCGAACUCAUUAUAAAAAAUGCACAACUUAAACAUGCUGGAAGAUACACUUGCACAGCACAAACAAUUGUUGACAACUCUUCAGCUUCAGCUGAUCUUGUAGUCAGAGGUCCCCCUGGUCCUCCAGGUGGUAUCAGAGUAGAAGAACUAAGAGAUACUUCUGUAAAAUUAACAUGGAGUAGUGGAACCGACAAUCACCAGCCAAUUUCUAAGUAUAACAUCCAGGCAAGAAAUAUUUUGUCUGACGACUGGAAAGAUGUAAAGACAGAAAAUCCAAACAUUGAAGGAUAUAUGGAGAUGGCAAGAGUUAUAGAUCUGAUUCCUUGGAUGGACUAUGAAUUCCGGGUUAUAGCAACAAACACAUUAGGAGUUGGAGAACCAAGCUUGCCAUCCCCAAAAAUAAGAACAGAGGGAGCUGCACCUAUUGUAGCUCCUGCAGAAGUUGGCGGUGGUGGUGGAAGCAAUCGUGAGUUAACAGUAACAUGGCAGCCUUUGUCACGUGAAUAUCAUUAUGGUGAUGGCUUUGGCUAUGGUGUCGCCUUCAAGCCCUUCAAUGUCAGGGAAUGGAGAAAAGUUAUUGUUUCCAACCCUGAAAGUGGUCACUAUGUGCACAAGGAUGACACCAUAACUCCAGCAACACAGUUUCAAAUAAAAGUAAAGGCCUUUAAUAAAGUUGGAGAAGGUCCAUACAGCAGCACUGUUGUAGUAUACUCAGCAGAGGAUGUGCCUACAGAAGCCCCAACGGCAGUAGUAUACAAUAUAUUGUCAUCUACUGAAGUAUCUGUUGCCUGGCAUCCAGUUUAUGAGAAAUCUAUUGAAGGUUACCAGGUUCGCUACUGGCGAAUUCAAGACAAAGAAGCAGCAGCACAUCGAGUACAAGUGAAAGCUGCAGAUAUUACAACCCGGCUUGAAGGAUUGAUGCCAAAUACACAUUACAACUUAGAAGUUCGGGCUUUUAAUAGUGCUGGGGAUGGGCCACCAAGCAGAACGCUAACUUUCCUAACAAGGAAAGCUCCUCCAAGUCAGAAACCUCAGAUUACAAGUGCUGUGAGAUAUGGCUCACAGUAUAUUAUCACCUGGGAACAUGUAGCACAUUUAUCCAAUGAAUCUGCUGUGAAUGGUUACAAGGUUCUUUACAGGCAAGAUGGGCAGAGAGAUGGAAAGCUGUAUACAACUCCCAAACAUUCAGUAGAAUUACCUGUCCCAGAAGAAGGAGAAUAUGUUGUUGAGGUCCGAGCUCACAGCGAAGGUGGUGAUGGAGCAGUUGCUUACAUUAAAAUUUCUGGAGGUGCAACAGGGAUUCUCCCCUCUUUUCUUGGAGUUCUUCUGCCAAUCCUAAGCCUGCUGAUGUAUUUGGAAUUUUGAAUGUAGCUACAUUUACAAUGUCCUGAGUGCAGUGUACUCUCCUCACAGCUGAAGGCAAUGAUUUUUUUUUCUUUUCUUUUUAGUUGGAGAUUACUCCGGUACCAUCUUAAGACAAAAAAAAAAAAAAGAUAUUACCAUACUGAUUUAUUGUGAACUGAAAAAAGGCAUUCAUGAACUCCACACAUGAAGGGGUUAUUUUCGAGGAAGAACGUUUUUAACUUGUUCCACUAUGCCUUAUGAAACACGUAUGCCAAUAUUUGACAGUUGCAUGAUCAAACGGGCAAGUUACAGUGUUAAAUUGCAAUACCUUAGACUGUACAGUGAAAGCAAAGUCACCAUGCAUAGGUGAUUUAAUGAAAUAAAACAUUGUUAUAUAUAUAUAAUAGAGAUACAAAUGUUGUAUAUGGUUAGAGUAAGAAACAAAUGCCAUCUGUCUAUGCUGUUUUGUGUGCUUCAUCAUUUUUACUGGCCCCUGUCUUUUGUUUGCAAGGUUCAGGCUUCUAGACUAGUAGUCAGAACAAAAACAGUCAUUACAUGACAAAAAAACGGAUGUUUUCGCUACAAUAAUUGAAUGUACUUUCUUAAUAUAUGAUAGGGUUGGGGGUAUGGGGGGCAAAAGGUGACCAUGUGAACUGGUUUCCAUGUAGAUCCAUUGAGUGCAUGAAAUGAAUGUAGAUUUCCUUGGCAUUACUAGGACUUAAGACGUCAGAGACAUGUUACAAACAUUGACUGGCAAACAACUUUGUUUUUAUUGGUCAUAUGUCUAUUAUGGCAUUAGCUAUAUUCUACAGUAAUGCCAAUGGUAAUCCAACCAUUAGGAAUAAUGUAUACCUUUUGUCUGGUGGCUUAUAGGCAAGAGGGAGAACAUUGACAAUGAACAAUGGAAUGUCCAUAUAGCACAGUGCUCUACUGGCUGAGAAUUUAGGCACUUGCAAUUGAAUGGCCUUCAAGAGUAUGAUGUUUCUAAUGGUCAGGCUGGUAAGACAUUAACCCAAACCAACCCUGGAUAUUGGUCAGGUUAGAAAUUUAUAUUUCCAGCACUGAAGAUUUUAUUAUUAGUUCUUUAUUAUAAGACUACAAUAAUUGAAAGGCUUUGGAGUACUGGAAAGCCGUGCAAGCAAGUUGUUACCAUUUGUUUGUUACUACAUUGUCUUAUCCUUUGUGUAAUAGUUUCUAAUGAAACAUCCUGACAUUUAAUUAGGUUGUUUUUUAUUAAUUUUAUUAGAUUGCUUUAUUUAGCAAUACGCCAAUUGUUCUGCAUGUAACUAUACCUACUGAGAUGCAGUGGCUCCUACUUUUUAGUUACUUCAAAAUGAUCUCUCCAUUCCAAGAAAUUCAGGAGUGCAGGAGGUUUAUAAUUCUGUAUCAUGCAAACUGCUAUUUUUCAUCUCUACUUUGUUGCUGUUUACACUAUGUGAUCACAAAUGGUGGAUACAGUGUGGUAAGGGGUGGUACAUUUUUAAUGUGACUUUGUUCAGAGUUUGUUGUGUAUAGUUGAAGAUGUGAAGACUGUUGUCUGUGUGGUACAGUAAAAAAAAGUUGGUGCAGUAUAUUUGGAGAGAUGGCAAAUAUCAAUGACAAAGGCAUCUGGGUAAAAAGCUUGUUAACAACCCCUUACUAAUGAAUGUGUUUGCUCUGCCUUUGUCUUUAUCUUUUGUGUUCAGCCAUCAAAAUGGUUUCCAAGGCGCGCUUAAAAUGUCAACGUUCUGUGUGAGUGGUAUUGGGGGGAAAAAAACAUUUUUUUUUUCAAGAUGGUUCCAGUAACAGUGCAAUGUUUUCAUUUUCUUUUUCUUAUUAGCACAAACUUGUUAUAUGAUUAAAUAUAGCUAUUUACUUUUUAUAUAUAAAUUACCCUACAGAUUUUAUUAAUAGAAGAACAAAAAUCUCAAUUUACUAUGUACUUGUCAUAAUGUAUAAAGACUGCAUUCUGAAAAACAACAAAACAAAGAAUAUUAAUAUAGAAGUGCCACUGAAUUGAUGUGGAAAUGUUUAAUACCUUGGGAGAAAAGCAUAUGUAUUCGCACACAGUUGUGUGUGUGUUUGUAGAUGAAUAUUCCUUACACAUGACUUUAUUUUCAAAUGCAUGAUGCCCUUUUACCUUUCUACUAUACACUAUGUAAAAAUGUGCUUGGAUCUGAGGUGUAGAGAAAAGAACACUUGUUUAAUGCAGAUUUUGUUUUAAAGCAAAUUUCAAUGCUUCUUAUAUUCAAUGCACUUACCAUGUGUCAAAACUGGCAUCACCCAUUCACAGGACAAAUCUGCAGUUGAGAAUGGCCUUUUGAGACUGAAAAUGCAAGAUCAUUUUUCAGACUAGAGCAAUACCCACUCAGCGUUAACUUGUUCCAUUUAAACACAUUUUUUAACUACUUGCACAUGUUUAAUUUGCUUCUAUUGAGAUGUGUUUGGGUUUCUUUAAUAAUCGUGUAAGAGAAUAUUUGUUGCUUGAAUUUUGUUUUAUUUUACUUUAUUGGUUUACAUGUUAUAUUUUUUUUUAAAGUGGAAUAGGUACAGUAGGAAUGAGAUUUUCUUUUUUUUUAAUGAAGGAACCCAAGUUAAAAUGUAAUAAAUAUCAGUAUUACUCACAAUAUAACUGUUGGCCUAUACAUUUACCAAAAUGUUAUGUUUUGUUAAAAAAAAACUUAAGUAAAAGAAAACUUCCACCAAAUAAAGGUAUUUGACAAACAA